AUGCUUAAUCGCACUGUCGAGCCCGAAGCGGGGAAAUUUGGCGGUGAGGCGUCGCCUGGCGAAACCGUCACAGAAUUGAGGUCCAGUGUUGCUUGCAGAUCGACUCCUCCGUCAUGGGCACCGCCUUGGUGGAUCACCCGGCUUGGCGCUAGUGUCUGCGAGAGGAAGUCGGCGAACGAUAUUUCGUACGCUGAUCCGGUGAAUACCGUCGACCGCGGCGACGUGCCAGCGACUUUGGCGUGGCUCAAGUACGACUCAAACGAGUUGAACUUUGGCGACGAAAAUACCCUUGUAGAGUACGCUCUGACAGCCAGCGAUCGUACCAACCACAGUGACUUGGCUGUAUGUGCACCCAUUUCUCACUGCUGUGUCAGUUGUGUCAAUUUACGUUCGAUCCGGUCAAAAGUACGUGACAAGUCUCUGUCUGUUUUGGCGAGAUGGUCAAGCGCGUCGUUUAGUUCUGUGGUGAUCUUUUCGGAUAUCUCAGAGACAGAGAGCUGUGUCUUGGGUGGCUGGUCGAUUUCCAAACGUAGGCCGGGUUCACUGGAAACUGGUUCUUUAAUAGCUGGAGCACUGCUAUUGUCGCUGCAGAAAAGGGAGCUUUCGUUAGCCAACGGGGAUGUAAAACCUGAGUUGAAAAAAGAGUCUGUGGAGCCAGAAGUGCCCGACUCGCCGCUGGACGUGGUCGUGGAAGAGGCGCCUCUUGGUGAAUACGAAGAGUUCAAAGCAGUGUUUGACAAGUUCCAGUCACGCAACGACGAGGAUCAAACUCAGGAAGAGCAACCAGAAAACACAGAAAACAACCAGAUACAGUCUUUUGAAGGCCUGGAAGGGGACGAUUUGCCCGAACAGCUGUCCAAACGUCAGUUCAAGAAAAAGUACAAAAUACCACUGGCCUAUCUGAAGGCCGAAUCAGACAAACCGGAGCUUCUGGAGAUGGCCGACGCAGACUCACCUGACCCACGUCUUUUGGCAUACCUCAAGAGCCAGCACAACGCCAUUCUUGUGCCGCAGCAUUGGGCUGCUGCCAAAGGGUUUCUAAUGGGGAGAAGAAACUACGACAGGCCUCCGUACCAACUGCCGAAAUUUAUCGCCGAUACAGGCAUCAUCCAGAUGAGAAGCUCAAUGAACGAUAACGAGUCCACACUGAAACAGCGGAUGCGGGAGCGUGUGCAACCUCGAAUGGGCCAGCUGGACAUCGACUUUAAUAAGCUCUACGAUGCGUUUUUCAAGAACCAGACGAAACCGGACAUGCUGCGCUUUGGAGAAGUGUAUUUUGAAGGUUUGGAGAGUAUAGAGCUUUUGGGACCGUUUAAGGUGGGCAAGUAUAGACCAGGUGUGAUGACUCCGCGGUUGCGCGAGGCCUUGGGUAUGGUUGGUGGCAAGUCGCGGCUGCCUCCAUGGUACGAGAAGUUUCAAAAACUGGGCCCGCCUCCAAGCUACCCCUACAUGCGCAUACGAAGUGACGGCACGGUAUCGUUUGACAACGAUCAGAGAACGAUAGUAAGUCGAGGAGAGCCCGUUGAUCGUACAAGAUGGGGUCAGUUGGAGGAAGAGAGCGAGUCCGAGAGCGAAGAGGAGGAAGAAGAAAGCGAUACCGAGGAGAAACCUAACGAAUACGUCCCCUCUAACGAGGACAUAAUGAUCGACUCGAUACAGGAGACUAAGACGCCAAUCCAGUUGAAGUCACAGCCUGUCCAACAACCAGACACUACCGAUGAGGGGCCUAAACAUCUGUACACUGUGCUGAAAGAAAAAAAAGGGGGCCAGACAGACAGUAUCUACGGCACCGAGAGUUUGGCAUACGAUUUAAAACGGGGGCCAUCCGAGGCCGAUGCGAAGCCCGAACAGGAGCCAAAGAGGUUGAAAACGCAACCUCCCGUCAAGACAACACAGGAAAAGUUCAGAUUCUAG